CAUGGCGGCGGGAAGGGAGUGAGCCGCCCCGCGUCGCCGCUGCGCCCGCAGAUUUCUCCAUCUUGCUAAGGAGGAACAAUUCCCUUUUUGGCAUAGCUGAUGGUACCAUGCAAAAAUCAGAUCCUCGAAAAGAUGGAGAAGUUAAUGUACAGAGAAACUGACUUGUCAGAGGUCAGAGCAAGGUAUUGGUGGAUCCAGGGAUAAAUCCCAGACCUCUUAACUCCUUGGCCAGUUUUUAGUUCGUUGACUAUGCAGCCUAGUGUAAUAGACUGGAAUGAUGUUAGAAAACACAAAUAUGGUCACCUAUCAGAGUGUGCAUCUCGAUAUCAAGAAGCUACUGACAUCCUGGAGCUAGCAUCUAGUGCUUUUUGCAUGGCCCAAAGGGGCCCUGUGCUGCUCCACUACAGAGGAAACUUCAAGAAAUGCUGGUUUGCUACAGUGUUUUAGCUUGUGAGAGUCUCUGGGACCUUCCCUGCUCCACCAUGGGGUCACCUCUAGGUCAUUUUACCUGGGACAAAUACCUAAAAGAAACAUGUUCAGUCCCAGCGCCUGUCCAUUGCUUCAAGCAGUCCUACACACCUCCAAGCAACGAGUUCAAGAUCAGCAUGAAAUUGGAAGCACAGGACCCCAGGAACACCACAUCCACCUGUAUUGCCACAGUAGUUGGACUGACAGGUGCUCGCCUCCGCCUUCGCCUUGAUGGCAGCGACAACAAGAAUGACUUCUGGCGGCUAGUUGACUCCGCUGAAAUCCAGCCUAUUGGGAACUGUGAGAAGAAUGGGGGUAUGCUGCAGCCCCCUCUGGGAUUUCGGCUGAAUGCCUCCUCUUGGCCCAUGUUCCUUUUGAAGACGCUAAAUGGAGCAGAGAUGGCUCCCAUCAGGAUUUUCCACAAGGAACCACCAUCGCCUUCCCACAACUUCUUCAAAAUGGGAAUGAAGCUAGAAGCUGUGGACAGGAAGAACCCUCAUUUUAUUUGCCCAGCUACUAUUGGGGAGGUGCGGGGCUCAGAAGUGCUCGUCACUUUUGAUGGAUGGCGAGGGGCCUUUGACUACUGGUGCCGCUUCGACUCCCGGGACAUCUUCCCUGUGGGCUGGUGUUCCUUGACUGGAGAUAACCUGCAGCCACCUGGUACUAAAGUUAUGAUUCCAAAGAAUCCCUAUCCUGCAUCUGAUGUGAACACUGAGAAGCCCAGCAUCCACAGCAGCACCAAAACUGUCUUGGAGCAUCAACCAGGGCAGAGGGGGCGUAAACCAGGAAAGAAGCGGGGCCGGACGCCCAAGCCCCUAAUUCCCCAUCCCAUCUCUACCCCAUGCAAGUCAGCUGAACCUUUGAAAUUCCCAAAGAAGAGGGGUCCCAAACCUGGCAGUAAGAGGAAACCUCGGACUUUGAUGAACCCACCACCCACCUCACCAACAACCAGCACCCCUGAACCGGAUACCAGCACUGUACCCCAAGAUGCUGCCACCAUCCCCAGCUCAGCCAUGCAGGCCCCCACAGUUUGUGUUUACUUGAACAAGAACGGCAACACAGGCCCCCACCUGGAUAAGAAGAAGGUGCAGCAGCUCCCUGACCAUUUUGGGCCAGCCCGCGCCUCUGUGGUGUUGCAGCAGGCUGUCCAGGCUUGCAUCGACUGUGCUUAUCACCAGAAAACCGUCUUCAGCUUCCUCAAACAGGGCCACGGGGGUGAGGUUAUCUCAGCCGUGUUUGACCGGGAACAGCACACCCUCAACCUCCCAGCAGUCAACAGCAUCACCUACGUCCUCCGCUUCCUGGAGAAACUCUGCCACAACCUUCACAGUGACAAUCUGUUUGGCAACCAGCCCUUCACACAGACUCACUUGUCACUCACCACCACAGAGUACAGCCACAGCCACGACAGGUACCUACCAGGUGAAACCUUUGUCCUGGGGAAUAGUCUGGCCCGGUCCUUGGAGCCACACUCAGACUCAAUGGACUCCGCCUUGAAUCCCACCAACCUUGUCAGCACCUCCCAAAAUCUUCGAACCCCUGGGUACCGGACUCUGCUUCCAUCCUGUGGCCUCCCACUGAGCACGGCCUCAGCUGUGCACAGGCUGUGCUCCAGGGGGUCGGACCGAUACCUGGAAAGCCGGGAUGCCUCUCGACUGAGUGGCCGGGACCCCUCGUCAUGGACAGUCGAGGACGUGAUGCAGUUUGUCCGGGAAGCUGAUCCUCAGCUGGGACCCCAUGCUGACCUCUUUCGCAAACAUGAGAUCGACGGCAAGGCCCUGCUUCUGCUGCGCAGCGACGUGAUGAUGAAGUACAUGGGUCUGAAGCUGGGGCCCGCACUCAAGCUCUCCUACCACAUUGACCGGCUGAAACAGGGCAAGUUCUGAAGCAGGGAGACGCAGCUAGACAGCUGAGGGGCCAAGCAGAUGAGGGCGUUCUUCUCCCAGGAAGGAGGGGGCACUUGCUGGUGCCUCAGUGGGGUUCAGGGCCACCUCAGGACUCCAGGAGGCUGUGUGGAGCCACCACUGCUGCCCUCUCUUGCCAUGAUGUGUCCUUCCAUGAAGGACUGAGGGGGAAGUGUGGGGCCCAGGGCUGGUGCUGCUCUUCCCCUCAGCCCUGCCUCAGCUCUGAGCUCUCCCUGUAUUUAUUUCUCGAGCUGGCCGGCCUCUCACCAGGGCUUUAGACUAAACACCUUCCAAGUGACGGAGGAAGGGGCCAACCCCUGAGGCCUCGGAAGAUGGGGCCUGAGUUGAUAUCUGUGCCCAGUCCCCUUACCACCUGCUGGGCCUGAUAUAGCACCCCAUUACCCCACAACUCCUGCCUUCUCACAAGAUCCCCAGAGUCCAAACUCAUGGUGCAAACCUCUACCUUUUUUAAAACAAGACCUUUUCUUAUUGUUAAUUUAUUGUUUCUGACACUUGGGCAAACCCUCCAGCUCAUACUUCUCAAGCUCCAGACAUUGAGUUUCAGAAGGAGAGAGACUGCCCUGCUCUGGUCCCAGAGAGGCAUGGCCCCUUUCCAGAGGAUGUUACUCUAGGGCACUUCUCUUUGGGAUGGACAGACCUAUAAAGCCUUGACCACGUCACUCAGCAUGGGGGGAGAGAGGGUCCCGGUCCCCUUCCCCUCUCUUCCUCUACUGGGCCCCUUGCAGCCCUGGCCUCAUCUGUGGGAAUGGGAGUCCCCUGCCCCACGCUGUUCCCCACCACAGCUCCUUGCCCUGGCCAGAACUGCUGUGGAAGACGUUUGUGCCCAACAGUUUUAAGCCAAGAAGGCCCCAAGGUGGAUGGGAGGGGAGGGUCUCCAGGCCAGCAUCUGGUUACACUCACCCCACUGUCCAUAUGCUUCCUUUCUAAGCAAGUCAGCAGCACAGCUGCCCCCGCUGCCAUCUGGACUUAUUUUAUGUCGAUUUGUUUAUAAAUAAAAAACAAUAUAGAUGCCAAUGUC